AUGUCUGCGAGCGAACGUUUAGAUUCCGCCCGAGCGGCGCAUUUAUGCUUUAAUUGUCUCGCUAAAGGUCAUUUUCCGCCGAGCUGUAAAAACAAACCGGGUUGCGAUAAGUGUAAGAAGCGGCAUCAUAAAAUGCUUCAUCAAGCAUUCUCACCGCGUACAUCGGAUCCCGAGUCAAUAAACAGUAACGCGGUUACUUCCGUUUCGAGUAACGAUCACGCGAAGUUAUCUAAUGUAACUUCCUGUCAUUCGGGAGUCGCCAAGUCAAAAACGUUAAGGCCGGUGUUAAUUGCGACAGCGUGGGUACACGUGCGUACGGCUGAAGGUCGUGAACUGCCAUUUCGCGCAGUCAUAGAUUCUGGCUCCGAGUGCUCGUUAAUAUCUGAAGCAGCUGCUCAAGCGUUACGCGUGCAAAGAAUUGCGUGCUCUGCUUCAAUUUCAGGUACUGGCGCCACCGUCUCCGGGGUCGUGAAGCACUCCACCCGCGUUGAGCUACGAUCACGAAAUAAGUCUCAGCUUGUAGUCGUGAUCGAGCCUCUUAUUUUAUCUCGGCUUUCUAAUUAUGUUCCGCGACGAUUUGUUAAGGCCUCUGAGUGGACCGGCGUCGGACAACUGACAUUGGCCGACCCCGACCCCUGCAGUGAUAAGCCGAUCGACUUAAUACUCGGUGCCGAUUGUUAUGACGAAAUAAUACUUCAGGAUCGGGUGAAGUUUCCCGGAGAGCCGUAUGCUAUUCAUUCGCGAUUCGGGUGGGUGCUGCGCGGUCCGGUGGACGACGGUCCUGUCAAUGUAUCGUCGUCGCAUACGACUAUUUCGUCAUUACACGUGACCCCUAAUACUGAUUUGACUCGUGCGAUCGAGCGCUUUUGGGAGGUUGAGGAGAUUCCUUCGCAGACCCAGUUAUCCGCUGAGGAUCAAUAUUGCGAGGACCUCUUCGUCGCGACUACUAAUCGUGAUACGUCAGGAAGGUACAAUGUCGCGUUGCCGUUUAAGGGGAAUCUUCCAAUUGAUAUUGGGGAUUCUCACAAAAAUUCGCUCCGUAUGUAUGCGUCUUUGGAGCGUCGUUUGAAAAAGGAUCGACAGUUAGCUGUCGAAUAUAAUGAUUUCUUAAAUGAAUAUUUAAGAUUAGGACAUAUGAGUCCGUAUACGCCCACGGAUGUCGAGGAGCAGCGAUGCUUUAUACCGCAUCAUCCGGUAUUAAAGCCAAGUAGCACUUCGACGAAGGUAAGGGUUGUAUUUAACGCGUCUGCGCGCACUGGCAAUGGAAAGUCUCUCAACGACUGCCUCCUUAUUGGACCAAAAUUGCAGACUGAUCUAUGUGCCAUUUUGUUACGUUGGCGCUGGCACCGGUUUGUGUGUGCCGCCGAUAUUGCGAAGAUGUUUCGGCAAAUUCGCGUGCACGAUGAUCAUACGCGUUUUCAAUUAAUUCUCUGGAGGCAAUCGGAGAAAGACGCGGUAAUUCCGUAUCGGUUACGGACGGUAACUUACGGCACCGCUCCUGCGCCCUUUUUAGCAUUGCGCGUCUUGCGGCAGUUAGCAGAGGACGAGAAGCAUCGUUUCCCUCUGGCUGCGCAUAACGUCAUAUUCAAUUCAUAUGUUGACGAUAUAUUUUUUGGCGCGUCGGAGAUAGAAGAAUGUCGCGAGAUUCGAGAGCAGAUGAUAGGACUGACCAACGCGGGCGGGUUUCCUCUACACAAAUGGAGUUCCAAUUGUCCGGAUUUAAUCUCCGAUUUAUCCGAAACGAUUCGCGAUCCUGCACAAAACGUAGAUUUUAAAGAGGAUGAUCAAUUAAAAAUCCUUGGCAUAUAUUGGGCACCAUUGGAGGAUGCUUUUAGUUUUCGUAUUUGUGCAGAAGUUCCGUCGCAUAUAACAAAACGCACCUUUCUCUCGUAUAUAUCGAGAAUCUACGAUCCAUUAGGUUGGUUGUCGCCUGUCAUUAUUAUCGGUAAGAUCCUUAUUCAACAAUUGUGGCUGUCUAGGAUCGACUGGGACACGACACUACCGUCGGACCUGAAUGAAAGGUGCAUCUCUUUUUGCCACGGACUCAUCUCGCUUGCUACUGUUUGUAUCCCGCGCUGGGUGCACUCCCGCGAGGACUCAAGUAUCGAGAUCCAUGGGUUCGCGGAUGCGUCCCAGGCCGCUUACGCAGCCGUGAUCUACCUUCGAGUGAUCCAUAAAUUCGAGCCACAAGUUUUCUUGCUAACAAGUAAGAGCAAGGUUGCUCCGUUGAAAACGGUCUCGGUUCCUCGUUUGGAGCUCUGUGCGGCCGAACUCUUAUCACGGCUCCUUGCUUGGACCAUUUCUGCGUUGAAUCUUGAGCAGGUCCCCAUUUACGCUUGGACGGAUUCCACCGUCGCAUUGGCCUGGCUUAGCAAGUCUCCGGCCACAUGGAAAGUAUUCGUGGCGAAUCGGGUGUCUCUCAUCCAAACGCAAUGUCCUCAGGCAAGUUGGCGUCAUGUUCCUACGCAGGACAACCCUGCGGACUUAGCUUCUCGUGGAGUCUCUCCGACUCAAUUGAUCAAAAAUCCACUAUGGUGGUACGGGCCCUCGUGGCUCUCCUGUGAGCCCCAAGAGUGGCCCUCUGUCGACUCUUCUGAUAGUCUGCCGACUUCUGACCUUGAGGCACGGUCAGUCGUCACUCACGUCACCAAUGUCUCCGAGUGGGAUCUGUCCACUCGCUAUUCUGAUUGGAGCAAACUGCUCAAGAUAACUGCGUUAAUUUUACGCUUCGUGAAACUGACACGACGACAGCUUCCAUGUACGGAACUUUUAUACACUACGCGGUUGAUGACGGAAGCCAAAACCUUUUGGAUCAAGGUCAUACAGUCGUCGUUAUAUGCGACCGAACUUCAUUUAUUGCGAGCCGAGCAAAGAUUGCCACGUUCGAGUUCGCUACUUUCUUUGGAUCCGUUCAUUGAUGAUGACGGAAUUAUUCGUAUGGGAGGCAGAUUGAUGCACGCUCCAUUGACAUUCGCUCAGAAGCAUCCAGUAAUCCUGAGCCAAACUCCUCUGACGCGUAUAAUAGUGCGUGAUGCACAUUUACGCACUCUCCAUGGGGGAACGUCGUUAACAUUACGUCUACUCCGAGAGGAGUACUGGAUACUCCGAGCAAAAAUAAUUGUACGAUCGGUUAUUGGUCAGUGUGUCAUCUGCUCUCGACAUCGUGCAAAUUUGAGCAGUCAGAAAAUGGCUCAUUUGCCCGAGAUACGAACUAAUGUGGCGCGUCCGUUUUUGAAAGUCGGGGUAGAUUAUGCCGGACCCUUGCCAGUGCGCGCCUUCGCCGGACGUGGUCAUCAAUCCCGUAAGGCCUAUAUAGCCCUUUUCGUGUGCUUGAUAACCCGUGCCGUGCACAUAGAACUCGUUACCGAUCUGUCUUCCGCAGCAUUCAUCGCCGCCUUUCGACGAUUUUGUUCACGCCGCGGUAUUCCUGCGAUUGUAUUAAGCGAUAACGGAACCAAUUUCCGUGGCGCGCAGACGGAAUUAUACCGUAUUUUUCACGCUAGUAUGUGCGAUGGUGCCGUCGAAUCAUCUAUGGCCUCGUUAGGCAUAGAAUGGCGCUUUAUUCCAGCCUCCGCUCCACACUUUGGCGGGAUUUGGGAAGCUGGAGUAAAGUCGGUCAAGCACCACUUAAAGCGUAUAGUUGGCGUACAUACGCUAACCAUUGCCGAAUUAGAGACACUGUUGUGUCAAAUAGAGGCCUGCCUAAAUUCGCGACCGAUCGCUGGACUCUCGAAUUCCCCAGACGAUCUAUCGUAUUUGACUCCCGGUCACUUCUUGACCGGCGCUCCACUUCUUGCGUUGCCUGAUGCUUCGCUACUAGAUCGUCCGGAAUCGAGAUUGACGAGAUAUCAACUCGUUCAGCGGAUGCGAGACCGAUUUUGGCAGGUUUGGCGCUUGGAUUUUCUUAACUCUCUGCAGAAGCGCAAUAAAUGGCACAAUCAGCGCGCAAAUUUAAACGUGGGUGAUAUUGUCAUCAUUAAGGAUGACAAUGCUCCACCCUCUAGAUGGGAAUUAGGGCGUAUAACACAGUGCUUCCCGAGUGAAGAUGGGUUGAUCCGCGUUUGCGAGGUGAGGACUGCUACCUCUACCUUUCGACGACCGAUCCACAAAUUGUGUCUCCUUCCGAUCGCUGAUCGAGACGAAAAGGAUCACAAUCUGUAG